GUGUAACUACGUAGUUAAAGCGGAUAUCGCGUCACAUCACUUCCGUUCUGUUUCUGCCGCCACUGCUAAAGGCGCGUGAGUGUGAAUUCGAAAGUGUUUGCCAGUUUCUUUGUACGAGGACAUCUGCGUUCUGAGCAAUAUUAAAGAUCGCUGACUUUGAGGAUUUCAAAACAGCCAUAUUGAACAGGAGCUGGUAAAAAUGCAGAAGAACGAAAGCGGUGCCGAGUCAGGGGCUGAGGACAUCCAAAACAAAAGAAAAAGAGACACGGAAAAUGACACUACAAGUGAGGGUGAAAAUGAAGUUGCGUCCAAGCGGAUAAAGAGCAGCGAAAACAAGAAGAACGAAAGCGGCGCUGAGUCAGGGGCUGAGGACAUCGAAAACAAAAGAAAAAGAGACACGGAAAAUGACACUGCAAGUGAGAGUGAAAGUGAAGUUGCGUCCGAGCGGAUGAAGAGCAGCGGAAAAAAGAAGUCGACCAAAAAAGACAAAGACGAUGCCGCAAAAAAACAGAAGGAAAACGACAAAGCGGUGGUAAGGCUGAAGCGCUACAUUUCUCUCUGUGGCGAGAGACGCAAUUAUAAGAAGCUCCUCGGUGAAUGUCGCUCUGUUCGCGCCAUGGUGGAUGUACUAAAGAAGGAGCUGGAAGAUAUUGGUGUUCACGGUCAGGCAUCCUUGGAAAAAUGUAAAAAGGUACGCCUGAAGAAAGAAGAAGCUCGGGAGCUUGCUGAACUGGAUGUCGGCAACAUAAUUGAUUGUCAAGGCCGACCUAAACGAAGAGGAGCCCUUGCACAACAGCAGCAACACAAAUCCCCGCUCGAUGCGGUCCGGCGGCUGGUAAGCUCUGACAGCGACGAAGAAAACGUCCAGCAAGGUAGAAGGGCAACAAACUGGGACAACCUCAAGGGAAUCAUCAGUGAUGAUGCUGACAGCGACUGAGGCAUGGUUCUUAAUGCAAAUGUUCUGAAAAAGACAAUCCUUUGACUUUUUUCUUUUCUUCAAACUGUAUUCAUGUUAUAUAUAUUACAGCAGGGAGGCACCACCUGACUAGCCUGCAGGAUAGUUCGGCAUCAUAUGACAUUGUAAUUUAAUAAAGUUAUCGUUUGAAAAUGCCAAUAUUUGCAAAAACGUUUUAGAAUUAAAGUUUUACGUAUU